GCGUCGGGUUCGGCGCUGGCUGUGCCGGCGGAAGGAGGCGGCCAUUUUCCAUGAGAGCGGAGUAGCCUCCGAGUUCCCCUUUAUUCCCCUGCCCAGGAAGAGCCCGGAAGUGCCGAGAAGCGAGGCCCCGGCCUGAGGGUGCGGAGAGCGGACCGGUCCGUCUGCGGGGCCGGGAGUGGUGACGAUGUUUUCCUUCUCCACCACGGUGCAGCCUCAGGUCACAGUUCCAUUGAGUCACCUCAUCAAUGCCUUCCAUUCACCCAUAACUCCAGCUCCAUCGUUUGCUACACCAUCUACCCAGUGUGUGCAAAAGGAAGCAGCACCUGAACAUGAGGUACAGAAUAGUGAGCCAGUACUUAACAUACGAGACCUAGGACUUUCUGACUUGAAAGCUAGCCAGUUUGAUGAACUAGUGGACAGGCUACUACCUGGCUAUCGUGUAGAAAACAAAAUCUCUUCACACUGGCAAACAUCGUAUAUAUCUGCACAGUCCUUCUUUGAAAAUAAGUAUGGUUUUGCAGAUGUGUUUAGUGUCUUGCGCUCAUCUUACCUGUACAGACAGCAUCCUAGCCCCCUCCAGAGUGUAUGUUCAGAUCUUCAACGUUGGCCAGUUUUUAUUCAGACACGAGGUUUUAAGACGCUGAAAUCAAGAGCAAGACGGCUGCAGUCUUCAUCAGAACGAUUAACAGAAACAGAAAAUAUAGCGCCCUCUUUUGUAAAGGGUCUCCUACUGAGAGAUAGAGGACCUGAUGUUGAAAGUGUAGAUAAACUAAUGAAAACAAAAAAGAUACCUGAAGCUCAACAAGAUGCCUUUAAAACUGGAUUUGCAGAGGGCUUUUUGAAAGCACAGUCACUCAAUCAACGUAAUGAAUCUACAAGACGAAACCGUUUCUUUGUCCUUGUUUUGAUCCUGCUUGGCCUUUAUGGUUUGUCAAAAACUCCUUUUUUAUCUGUGCGUUUUCGAACAACUUCUGGGCUUGAUGCAGCUGUGGACCCUAUUCAGAUGAAAAAUGUUACCUUUGAACAUGUCAAAGGGGUUGAAGAAGCAAAACAAGAGUUGCAAGAGGUGGUAGAAUUCUUGAAAAAUCCUCAGAAAUUUACUGUACUGGGAGGUAAACUUCCUAAAGGUAUUCUGUUGGUCGGACCACCUGGAACUGGCAAAACUCUUCUUGCUAGAGCUGUGGCAGGAGAAGCUGAUGUUCCAUUCUAUUAUGCCUCUGGAUCGGAAUUUGACGAGAUGUUUGUUGGCGUUGGAGCCAGUCGUAUCAGAAACCUGUUUAGGGAAGCCAAAGCAAAUGCACCAUGUGUUAUAUUCAUUGAUGAGCUGGAUUCUGUUGGUGGCAAAAGGAUAGAGUCUCCAAUGCAUCCCUACUCAAGACAGACUAUAAAUCAGCUCCUUGCUGAAAUGGAUGGCUUUAAACCCAACGAAGGCGUCAUUAUCAUUGGUGCAACAAACUUCCCUGAAGCAUUAGAUAAUGCUUUGAUACGUCCUGGCCGCUUUGACAUGCAAGUUACAGUCCCCAGGCCAGAUGUCAGGGGCCGAACAGAGAUUCUGAAAUGGUACCUGAAUAAAAUAAAGUAUGAUGAAUCUAUUGAUGCAGAAAUCAUUGCAAGAGGAACAGUAGGAUUUUCUGGAGCUGAGCUAGAAAACCUAGUGAACCAAGCUGCAUUGAAAGCUGCGGUUGAUGGAAAGGAUAUGGUUACUAUGAAGGAGCUGGAAUUCUCAAAGGACAAAAUUCUUAUGGGCCCUGAGCGUAGAAGUGUAGAAAUUGAUGAUAAGAAUAAAACAAUUACAGCCUAUCAUGAAUCUGGGCAUGCCAUUAUUGCAUACUAUACUAAAGAUGCGAUGCCAAUCAACAAAGCAACCAUUAUGCCACGAGGACCAACACUUGGACAUGUGUCUUUGCUGCCAGAAAAUGACAGGUGGAGUGAAACUAGGUCCCAGCUGCUUGCCCAGAUGGAUGUUAGCAUGGGAGGAAGAGUUGCAGAAGAACUUAUAUUUGGGGGUGAUUACAUCACAACAGGUGCUUCUAGUGAUUUUGACAAUGCUACUAAAAUAGCAAGGCUCAUGGUGACUAAGUUUGGAAUGAGUGAGAAGCUUGGUGUCAUGACCUACACAGAUACAGGGAAACUCAGCCCCGAAACCCAGUCUGCAAUUGAACAAGAAAUAAGAAUGCUUUUAAAGGAAUCAUACGAACGAGCAAAGAAUAUAUUGAAGAACCGCACCAAAGAGCACAAGAAUUUAGCGGAAGCAUUGCUGACCUAUGAGACUUUGGAUGCCAAAGAAAUUCAGAUUGUUUUAGAGGGGAAAAAACUAGAAAAAGAGAUACCAGGAGCAAAAGAAGUUCCCACAAGUAUAGACAAUACGAUCUCAGGGUUGAAUCCUGCUUCUUUGGAAACCUCAAAUACUGACGCUGAAUACUAAUCUAGUAACACAUGGAGGGACCUCAAGACCCUGUCUUAAAGCAGAAUACCAAGCUGCUAUGCUGACACAUUACAAAUAUACUCUUUGUAGUGACUUACAGUGAAAGAUGUGCAAAUACAGCAUGCUUGGCACCUUUUUUAAAGACAAUAAAGGUUUGUUUUAGCUUUUCCUCAUUGUAAAUUGCUUUAUCUCUGGUUUCCCUCUUAUGUAAAUUGAGGUGUACAAAGCAUAUCUUAAACCUGUAAAUAAAUUUGAGAGUUAACC